AUGUCUCCACCAGAAACUCCUCCAACUCAACCGACUCCAGCUCGAGCGGAGGAGGUGGAGCCAGUGGAGUCAGACGUCGUCCAGUACCAGCGCCGGGGGAGGACCGCCCUGUGGGUCACCAUGACGCUGCUCGUCUUGUCUCUGAUGGUGCUCACGAUCGGGUUCCUCGCCGCCACUCGCACCUCCAACGUGAGCGUGGCAGGAUUUUACUCCGGGAUUACGUUGAGCUUUGGAGCGUUUCUUGGCGUCGUCGCUCUUCACCUCGUAGAAAACCGCCGGCCGAUGCUGAUCGCCUCCAUCAUCUUCAUCAGUAUGGGCGUCAUCGCGGCGUUUUUAUGUGCCAUCGUGGACGGAAUCAUCGCAUCACAACUUAUUGACGUGCGGCCGCUGGAGGAGGACAUGUGCGACUACUACGGAAGUGUGUCUGGAUACGCCUACGACAACUACUACACCGAGGUGACGUGUCGAGCUUCAAACAAACCCUGUAAACUCAAACUGGAGAGUCACACCUGCUACUGCUGCUACCUGUUCAACUGUGAGAGUGACUACCACUCGCAGUACUACAGGUUCACAGGUGUGAGGAGCUGCUGGGACGUGAUCCACCUCCAUCGUCUGCUCUGGGCGUCCGUCGUGCUCAACGUCGUCGCCAUGUUUCUGGGAAUCAUCACCGCGGCGCUGCUGGGAGCUUAUAAGGACCUGCAGAAACCGUCUCGUAACGUCCCCCCGAGUCCAGCGCCGCCUCCUCACAUCCUGUACAACCCAAACCAGCACAUCCUGACCUACGCCAGCUUCUGCCCGCCCCAGGCCCUGCCCGCCUACCCCAACUACCCCCUCCCCGUCCCGCCCAACCCCUCGUACCCCGCCCCGUCCACCCCUCAGCCCGUCCCUGAAGGAGGCUGUCCCCCCAACACUGUCCCCUGUGACCCUCCUCAGAGCCAGCAGCCCCCGUCAGGACAGAUGCCCAUCGCACACCCCCAGGGGAGCACCCAGGAGACAGGGGGGUACCCGACACCCAAUGCCCCUAACGCCCCGAUGCUGUACGGAGAGGCGUACGGGCCGUUUGAGAAGCCCCCGCCGUACGCUUACUGA